GCGCGACGCGGCGCGGCGCGGCGCUUUACGGCUGUCGUGCUUCUGGUCCCCGCCAACAUGGAGGCCGAGGAGUUGGAGAAGGAGGCUGCGGAGCAGGAGCCCCCAGAAGCGAGAGACCAGAAACCAGAAGCGGAGGAGGAGCAGGAGGAAUCCGAAGAGGCGGCUUGCGGCGGCAAGAAGCGGGUAGUGCCGGGUAUUGUGUACUUGGGCCACCUCCCGCCCCGCUUUCGGCCUCUGCACGUACGGAACCUUCUCAGCGCCUAUGGCGAGGUCGGGCGCGUUUUUUUCCAGCCGGAGGACGGGUUCGUGAGGCGCAAGAAGAAGGCGGCGGCAGCCUCGGCCACGGGAGGGAAAAAGCGGUCCAAGUACAGCAAGGACUACACCGAGGGCUGGGUGGAGUUUCGGGACAAGCGAGUGGCCAAGCGCGUGGCGGCCAGUCUGCACAACACGCCCAUGGGAGCCCGACGGCGCAGUCCCUUCCGUUAUGACCUGUGGAACCUCAAGUACCUGCACCGUUUCACGUGGUCCCACCUCAGCGAACAUCUUGCCUUUGAGCGCCAGGUACGCAGGCAGCGCCUGAGGGCCGAGGUUGCCCAGGCCAAGCGUGAGACUGACUUCUACCUUCGAAGCGUGGAACGGGGACAGCGCUUCCUUGCUGCUGAUGGGGACUCCGCCCGCCCAAAUGGCACCUGGGCCUUUGCCCAGCGUCCUACUGAGCAGGAGCUGAGAGCCCGGAAGGCAGCUCGGCCCGGGGGACGUGAACGGGCUCGCCUGGCUAACGUCCAGGACCAGGCUCGCUCCAACCGAGGGCUGCUUGCCAAGAUCUUCGGAGCUCCACCACCUUCAGAGAGCGUGGAAGAACCCUCACUAGCCAGGGACUCAUGAAGGGCAGAGAGACCCCUUCUAUCUCGUAGCCCUGAUAAUGUCUAUUCAGGCAGACGUUUUAUUAUCUUUCUCAGACCAGGAGUCUCUGAUGAGUGCUCAGACAGACCUUUUGUGGGCCUCUCCUCCCCGCUCCCACUCCUGUUGCCUGUCAAAGGCCCCUAAUUCAUACUAGCAUGAGUAUGACUACUGCACAUGCCUGUUUCAUUUGAUUCUUGGCCGUCUGCCUCCUGCCCAGUGGGAGCCUCUAAAAAUCCCACUUUCUGGCCUCAGGAAGAGCCUUUACCUCAAGCUAGAGUGGGAAUGUGUAGUCCAGGCAACUUUUUUACCAACUGUAAGUGAAGGGUAGCAGCCACAUCCUUUUUAUUUAGAAAAGAUUAACAGGGAUGGGUUAAUGGGGUGGGACUGGGUGGGAGCCACCUUCCAAAUGUAUUUAUAGAAAAGAAAAAAUAUAUAUAUUUGUAUACUUUUGUAGUUUACUGGUGCGGGGGGGGGGUGCAUUUUAUAAGUUCUAACUUCUGUCUCCUCAUGUCCCAUUAAUGUCAUCUCCUGGUCUCAGAGCCACCUCCCUCUCCACCUUCAGUCUGAACUCUUCUAUCAGAUUAAUUUCUUAGCCCACUUUAUCAAUGAUCUAAUUCAACAUUUACCAAGUCACUACAUGAGGACAUAGUGAUAGUGGGUAAUAACACACGGCCCUUGGCAUUAAGAGUUGUAGGCCACUAGAAAGGGACAGAUAUUCAAGAAGUAAUGUCCAGAGGUACUGCAGGCAUCAUGUAGAAAUAUAUAAGGGCUAGAGGAGGAGCCAUGGGAGGGCUUGGUUUAUCUGGGAAGGUAAGCAGUGCUUCAUAUGAAGCUCAUCCCUCAUCACAUUCUUCAGAGAGGGGUCAGUUUUGGCCAAGUUUUCCAUAUCGCUCCUGAAAAGUGAACAGAAAUCUGAAUGAGCCUGAUGUACUCCUGUUGUUGGAAACAAAGCUCCAUGGAUGGAGCGUUGGGUUCAAACCAUUGUAAAGGGAGACAAAGCCUAGGAGGUAGGCACGGUGCCCUUCAGGUGGUCUUCUACGAAUUAGGGCUUAGACAAGGGGGAGGGCUCACAAACAACACCAAAGCAGCUUUAGAAGCCGCACAGAAUCCAUGGCAGCCACUAAGAGACACGGAAAACUGAAGUGUUAAGAAACCUGGACGCAGCCUCAUAGAACUUGAAACCGGUCAGGGGCGUCUGGCUGCCUCGGUCCAUGGAGUGAGCGACUCCCGAUCUGGAGUUGGGUGUAGAGAUCACUGAAAAAGUCUUAAAAAACACUAGUCACUAUCCAGUCUCUUAAACCUACAGGAAAUAGUAGAGUGACUAUAAUAAUAAUGGAUUUUGCUUGUGCAAUUUAAUUCCCCACCCACCCCCCACUGCCGCCGCUCCUCAAUUACUCAUGUGUUUGGGUGAAGCAAAUUCAUCCACUUCUUUGGCUCUAAAAUGAUAAAAUCUUAGUCCUGUUACGAUUUUUAUUCGAUAGGUGCGCUUUAUGUGGGAGAAUAAAAAUGACCUUACGUUCAAAA